AAAAGAAAAAGUAGAGUAGUAGUAGUAGUAGUAGUAGUAAUAGAAAGAAGAAUAGAGAGCUGUAUUCACAUGGCUUUGUUGCAGUUGGGUCCUCCUUCUACUUCUACAAAUAAUAAUAAUAGUUUUAAUCUAAAACCAGAUAAUACUAAUAAUAAUCAUCAACAACAACAACAACUUGUGAAAACUAUUCCAACUACAGAAAUGGGAGAUCAUGAUAAGGAAAUUUCUGCUGCUGUAAUUGAGGGAAAUGAUCCAGUCACUGGUCAUAUUAUUUCAACCACAAUCGGAGGCAAAAAUGGUGAACCAAAGCAGACCAUCAGUUACAUGGCCGAACGUGUUGUGGGGACUGGAUCAUUUGGGAUAGUUUUUCAGGCGAAAUGCUUGGAAACUGGAGAGCCUGUGGCUAUAAAAAAGGUCUUGCAGGACAGGAGGUAUAAAAAUCGUGAGCUGCAGUUGAUGCGCUCGAUGGAUCACCCAAACGUGGUUUCUUUAAAGCACUGUUUCUUUUCCACCACUAGUAGAAAUGAGCUUUUCCUCAACUUGGUCAUGGAAUAUGUCCCUGAAACUGUUUAUCGAGUACUAAAGCACUACAGCAAUGUGAACCAGAGGAUGCCACUCAUCUACGUGAAACUUUAUAUGUACCAGAUUUUUAUGGGGUUAUCUUAUAUUCACACUGUUCCUGGAGUUUGUCAUCGGGAUGUGAAGCCUCAAAACAUUUUGGUUGAUCCGCUUACUCAUCAGGUGAAGCUUUGCGACUUCGGAAGUGCGAAAAUUCUGGUCAAGGGUGAAGCAAACAUAUCUUACAUAUGCUCUCGUUACUACAGGGCCCCAGAACUCAUAUUUGGGGCUACAGAAUACACAACAUCGAUAGAUAUCUGGUCAGGUGGUUGUGUACUUGCAGAACUUCUGCUGGGACAGCCAUUAUUUCCAGGAGAAAGUGCGGUUGACCAACUUGUUGAGAUUAUCAAGAUUCUUGGAACUCCAACACGUGAGGAAAUUCGGUGUAUGAAUCCGAACUAUACAGAUUUUAGGUUUCCUCAGAUAAAAGCUCACCCUUGGCAUAAGGUUUUCCACAAACGAAUGCCCCCAGAAGCAAUUGAUCUCGUGUCACGACUGCUUCAGUAUUCUCCAAGUCUUCGCUGCACUGCGUUAGAAGCAUGUUCCCAUCCUUUCUUUGAUGAGCUUCGGCAACCCAACGCUCGCCUGCCAAAUGGACGUCCUUUACCCCCUCUAUCCAACUUAAAACAGGAAGUGCGGACCUAGAGAGGGGCCACUGGAGGCUGUAGCCAUGGAUGGACCUAUGUGAAGGCUAUGCCGGGUUGUAACCCAGGGUAGAAAUCAGGUCCAAUUUUAUUUGUAGUGUUAAAUGUCUAAAUGUAUGGGCUUGUAUUUUGUUCUCAGCCCUGGUAUCAGGGUAGAAAUCAGGUCCAAUUUUAUUUGUAGUGUUAAAUGUCUAAAUGUAUGGGCUUGUAUUUUGUUCUCAGCCCUGGUAUCAAGGUAGAAUUCUUUUUUCCAGCAAAGCCAUACUGCAUAACAUAAUUUCUCAACCCUUUGUAUUUAUAAAAUUUAAAAUUUUAAGGUCUAUGAUUGAAACUGCA